AUGGAAAAAUCCAAAAAUUUCCGCAUCGACGCCCUGCUAGCGGUCGACCCCCCGAAAGCGGCCUCAGCGCAGACCUCUCCGCUGGCGCUGGUCACCUCGCUCGCGGCCGCCACAGCUGGCCAUGGCGGUGGCGGUGGCGGGGGCGGCGCGGGCCUCCCGGCUCAGGCGACGCUCUACGGCCACCCGGUCUAUGGCUACUCGGCGGCGGCGGCGGCGGCACUGGCCGGCCAGCAUCCGGCGCUCUCCUACUCGUACUCUCAGGUGCAGGGCGCCCACCCCGCGCACCCCGCCGACCCCAUCAAGCUCAGCGCCGGCACCUUCCAGCUGGACCAGUGGUUGCGCGCGUCCACCGCCGGCAUGAUUCUGCCCAAGAUGCCCGACUUUAACUCCCAGGCGCAGUCGAACCUGCUCGGGAAGUGCCGACGGCCCCGCACGGCUUUCACCAGCCAGCAGCUGCUGGAGCUGGAGCACCAGUUCAAACUCAACAAGUACCUGUCUCGGCCCAAGCGCUUUGAGGUGGCCACGUCGCUCAUGCUUACUGAAACCCAGGUUAAAAUUUGGUUCCAGAACCGGCGAAUGAAAUGGAAACGGAGUAAAAAGGCCAAAGAGCAAGCGGCCCAGGAAGCUGAGAAGCAGAAGGGCGGGGGCACAGGGAAGGGAGGCGGAGGCAGCGCGGAGGAGAAGGAGGAGGAGGACCUGCUGGUGCCCCCGGCCUCCGGAGAGAAAGGCAGUGGACGCCGCCUCCGGGACUUGAGGGACAGUGACCCAGAGGAGGACGAUGACGAGGACGAUGAGGAACAUUUUCCCUAUAGCAAUGGCACCAACACCAACGUGCCCUCCUCUGACUGCUCCUCAGAGGAUGACUCACCACACACGCUGCCUGGCCAGGGCCACCAGCCUCCGACCCAGUAGGACCCCC